AUGCUCUUCGCAGAUUCCGAUUGCUUUAGCAUUUCUUGUGAUGAUGGUACUCACAUUUGUCAAGUAACUUUAGUCAAAGAUCUACCCGACGAUGUUAUAACUCAAGGAGACGACGUUAUUCUCAACAUAGAAGCAAAUCAACCAGAUUCCACCGAAACUGGAUUAAGCAUCCUCAUAAUAUCACUUCAAACUGAAGUUGACGAAAACAACAAUGGCGUAGUUACCAUGAUUGAACAAAAUAUUACUAUUGAUUCGCCGCAAGACCAAGCAGUGGAUGUUACUUUCUCGGAAGGUGGAGUGGUGAUAAUACAACAGAGACAACUCUGCGUUCUAAAACAACGCUGUAUCAUCAACUCUUGUUUCUCGUUCGCCGUUACGGAUAACUAUGAACUUCAGCAAGAUCCUAGUAAUGAUCAUCAGUGGACGGUGACUGUAAUUCAAAACCUACCCGACGAUGUAUUACAGAGUGGUGAAGAUCUAAUACUAAGUCUUCAAGCUCAUAUCCCGGGAUCAUCUAGUAGUAUCGUAACUACAGAGACUUUGAUUAUAGAACUACCUGCAGUAGUAACAACCCCGAAAUUUUUGAACGCUAUUUACAGUGCUGAAUACGAAAGUAAUGGAGAUGAAAACACAGUAACAUUGUCUGACGGACCUAUACAAUUAACUGCAACAGAAAACAUAAAUGUUGUCUUUGUUGAUACUUAUUCCGAAAAUUUUGACUUUACUCUGGAUGCUGAUCCACAAAUUACGGUUAAAAAACCAUUAGGAGACGACGUAAUCAGUCAGCACCAAGAAGUACUACUGACCCUACAAGUUUCCCUUGAGGGAUCGACAGACGAUGUAGAGACCGCUGUGAUAGAACUAAAACUACCGCACCUCGACAUACCCAAAACUUUAAAAUUUAACAACCCUUCUUUCGUGUUUUCGUACAUUGUCGAAGGUGACACUCAUUCUAUAGACCAGAAAGGACAAACUAUUAGAGUCACUAACGCUGAAAUGGCGGCAGCAGUCAUCAUUAUGGAAGGAACACACAGUGACAACUUCAAAGUGAACCGAAACGAUGAAGAUGACACCUACAGCAUUAUCAUUGCAAAGAACCUAGAGCAGAGUGUCAUUGAUAGUGAAGUAGAUAUUCUUCUGGUUUUGGAUGCAAGUCUGGUAUUAGUCUACGAUGGUUUUGCUACAGUUUUAAUAAAUCUACCUGCGAAAGAAGCCGGAAUACCUCCUCAAUUUAAAAAUACAUUCUAUGUAGGAAAUUAUGUCUUGGGAGAAGAAAAAGACGGAGAUAGAGUGGAUACGUUCAUGAUUGAUGGGGACCAAAUUAGCCUAAAUGACGGAAUCAGUGAAGAUAUUUCUGUAACUUUGGGAGGAAGUAAAUACGAGUCAUUUUUACCCAACACACGACACACACCACAUGCUACACUUCUGAUUUGUUAUGAUCGUGGUUAAUGUUAAUU